AUGGUGAAGCACUUUGACUACAACUCUCCGGACAGUCUAUCACAGGAGAGUGAAAUUCAACGCGAUGUGGAGAUUAUGAUCGAGAAGAUCAGCUCGACUCGUAACCCCUGCAUGGGUUAUGGCGUUCAGGAGAGUACGAACGAGACCUAUCGCUCCAUGAUGAGCUACGGUCUCUACUACGCCCUCUGCGCGAGGAGUAACGACUGGGCGAACGAUGCUUGUAGCGAUCCUUCUCCCAUUGGUAGUUUCUAUGGAGUCCAAGACGAUCACGAGCUGAAGCAGUACAUGGGUGCUCAUGGUGCCCUUGUCUACACAGACGAUACGAUGGAUAAUUACAAGAUCGUGAUGAAUGGCCUUUACGCAAGUAUCUCCAACAGAGUCCUAAUAAACGUACGACAGUGCGACGUGCUACCACCGGUACCUCGAAUCGACAACGUGUGGAACUAUGUUCCUUGUACUCCCAAAAGCAACACACUGUUGUCACAUGUGUACGAUGUGGCGAACGCGAAGAACUACGUUGUCGAUAUAGGGUGUUUGCUGUGA